AUGGAGAAAGGCCUAGCUCAAUUUGGAAAUGUGAAAAAAAAGGAAAAAAGGAAGUACAACGAAGCAUACUUAUCCUUUGGUUUUACUUUCAUCGCUGAACGUGAUGGGACACAAAAGCCACAGUGUUUCCUGUGUGGCAAGGUUCUUGCCAAUGGAAGCAUGAAGCCAACAAAGCUGAAGGAGCACCUCACGUGUGUCCAUCCUGAAAAUGCAUCGGACAGUGUUGAUCUAUUUUGUGCAAAGAAGGCUCGAUUUGAGAAAGCUAGAACUUUACCAAAACUUGGAUUUGCCCCAACACAAAAGCCUUGUCCUGAAGCAUCCUACAAGGUUGCUUAUCGCAUUGCCAAGCAAAAGAAGUCAAAUACAAUUGAAGAGACCUUGGUAAAGCCUUGUGCCCUGGAAAUGGUUGAGCUGGCCAUCGACACCUUAGAAAUGGUGAAUAGUUUCUUUGCCAAGCAAAACUUCGACUGGAAGAAAAAUCUUGGUACUCUGUGCACAGACGGAGCACCUGCGAUGCUUAGCAACACAUCUGGUUUUGCUGCUUUGGUGAAGAAAGAAGCUCCUCAGGUCAUCGUGACCCAUUGUUUUCUACAUCGGCAUGCAUUGGCGUCAAAGACUCUGCCAGCAAUUCUGAAAGAAGUCUUGUCUACUGGCGUGAAAGUCGUCAACUUCAUCAGAGCCAGGGCUGUGAACCAUCGCGUUUUCAAGAGGUUUUGUCAAUAA